AUGCGGUUGGUCUUCGUCGACGGUCGCGCCUCGUGCGUCUCCGAUGCGCGCGCGCGUCGGUGCGCAGAGAGGCGACGGCGUGAGGCGCGUAUCGCGAGCGGUGCGCGGCGGCCGUGGCGCUCGAACGCCACGGUGCGGGCGACGGGAGAUGAUUAUCAGGAAUCCACGUCAUCUCGAAUAGCGCCGGUUUCACCGCGACGCGUCGCGGUCGGCGUCGUCGGAUCCACCGCACUCGCGUUGGGGGCUAAUUUCUUACGCGUGACGGAGAAAUUGUUGAGCUUGGCGCCGGAUUGGAGCCGAAGGCGUCGGCUCGAUGUCGUCUAUCCAGUGGUCGGGUACACGCGGUGUUACAAACCGAAUAAAGGGUACGAAUUCAUCGUUCCGGUGGAUUAUUUAGUCGAUCAAACCAUGGUGCGACGGAACAUGACUCGGGGCGUCGUCGGUUUGGACCCACCGAGUCUGGAGGCGUCAAAAUUGAGGACGGACGUGAACGAGCCGGAUAGCGCGUACGGGCCAGUCGGAUCGACCGGGGAAGAAAACGUCUCCGUCAUCACGAGCGCGGUCCCGAGGGGGUUUGAUUUAGCGGUUUUUGGCGACGCCGAGGCGCAGGCUGGGUGGUUGUUGGAUAACGUGUUGGCCAGGCCAGGGAGCGGGAAGACGGGAAAAUUGUUGUCGGCGAGUCAACGAAAAGGGGCGAACGGGACGACGUACUACACGUUCGAGUACACGAUUCAAACGGAAACGUGGUUCAGGCACAACAUCGCGGUGUUCGCGACCAGGGGGGCGACUCUGUACACGUUCGUGGCACAGAUUCCGGAGACUCGAUGGCCUUCGAUGCGGGACGCGUUCUUCGUCAUGGCGGACUCAUUCAGGGUCUUCGUCCCGAGUUAG